AUGCUGCUUUCUCGAACCCUGGAGAUAAAAGAUAGGUUUCCCGCGCAGCCUUUUAUCUCUCCCACUGUGUUGGGGUGGGAGCUGCAGGUCCCCGGGCAGCGAGGCAGCGGGGUGGGGGUGCGAGCGGGAGUGCGCGCGUGUGCGUGUGCGUGUGUGCGCGCGCGUGGCCUUCCGGCAGCUGUCCCGGCCCCCACCCCACCCCACCCAUCGCACCCGGCCCUGCGCGCCGCCCCCACCCCUCGUCGUGCUGGGUGCGCCGCGGGCCGCUGCGCGCCUAGCCGGCUACCCAGCGCCAGGGAGGCGACCCCCGUGCACCCCGGGUUCAAAGGCCCCCGCGCUGCAACUCCAGCCCCUCCGGGGGGCGGGGAGGCGAAAGGGGUGGUACGGGAGCCAGAAAAGCCCUAA